ACAUGUACACUGAUCAUCAGGAGACUGAUGAUCAGUGUAGCCCCAUUAGUGCCACCGCCAGUGUCCAUCAGUGCCACAUAUCAGUGCCUACCAGUGCACAUCAAUGCCACAUAUCAGUGCCCAUCUGAGCUGCCUUUCAGUGCCACCUAUCAAUGCCAGUCAGUGCCGCCUAUAAUGCCCAUCAGUGCCAUCUACCAGUGCCUCCUCAUCAGUGCCUCCUCAUCAGUGCCAGUCAGUGCUGCCUAUAAGUGCCCUUCAGUGCAGCCUCAUUAGCGCACAUCAGUGAAGGAGAAAAAUCACUUAUUUACAAGAUUUUAUAA